AUGCCACCAGCUCCAAAGAGCGGUUCUGCACUUUUUCUGGGACUCGAGCUUGCCACAGAUCAGUUACGUGCUUCAAUCGUCGACGAGAGCUUGGAGCUUGUGGGCGUAGAAUGCGUUGACUUCGAUGCAGAACUGUCGGAAUAUCAGACUCAGGGUGGUAUAUUCACGACUCCUGGCGAUGCAUACACCACCCCGGUAGAGAUGUGGGUCAAGGCUCUCGACGUUUUACUGGAUAAAAUUCACAGAAAUUACGACGUUAGCAGAAUAAAAUCUAUUGGCGGUUCUGCACAGCAUGCUAUCGUGUGGUGGAAAUCCACACCCAUCCCUUCUUUUCCCGCUUUAGACUCUCGUCUGCCAUUCAACUCCCAGAUAUCAUCGAAUACUCUGUCCCUCCCUAGCACACCAGUUGCACAAGAUACCUCCGCUCAUACUCACGCGCUUGCACUAGAGGCUCUGCUUGGUGGCCCAGAUCUUAUGGCUGCUCGUGUAGGUACUUGUGCGCACGCAUCUCUCCUAGCAGCCCAACUUCUCCGAGUUCGUGAGUCAUGGCCGUCGGAUGUCUGGGCGCGGACAGGCAAGGUACAACUCGCGAGUUCGUUCCUAGGAAGUCUAAUUGUAGGGAAGUGGAUUAGCAUGGGCGAGGCAGAAGCGUGUGCUACAGGGAUGUGGGUUCAUGGGGGUCCUGGUGGGGGAGGGCAUUGGGAUGAUGGAGUCCUUGAAAUCGUUGGAGGUAGUCGAGAAGAAGGCAGGAGGAUUAGAGGGUGGCUCGGUGAAAUAGACUUCUCAGGAGGACGCAGGAUUGGUAAUGUGUCGAGAUACGUGUCGGAGCGAUAUGGAUUUGACCCAGAAACCACUGUGACCCCAUUUACGUCGGAUUAUCUAUCCGCUUAUCUCUCUCUGUGUCCUUCACCCACUGACACGGUUUUGUCUUUCGGGCCUAUGGAUGUAUUGCUCACCCCGGCUCAACAUUAUCUACCUACCAGGUUAUACAGUCUUUUCCCUCAUCCCGCGCAAGACCCAAGCGAGAAAAGAAGGUACAUUGCAAUGUUAACCAGUAGGAAUGCGGAUGUUCCGAGAGCGCUCGUGAGAGACAUGUACACAAAAAGUUGGAGUGCUUUCGACAGGCUUGUCGCCAUCGUACCUCCUGGCGGAUCCAUUGGCCUCGAUGACAAACUGUUUAGUUUUUGGCUGUUGCAAGGUGACAGUUAUCCUCUGUCUCACGUCAAAGGCAUUUUCCGCUUUGAAACUGGUAUCAAAGUCAACGAAUUCCGUGAUUUGCGUGCGAAUCCAAGAUGUCUUCUUGAGAGCCAGGUACUCUCUUUCCGAGUGCGGUGGUCUCGUAUGAUCGCAACAGGUGUACUGGGUUCAAACUCUGGGCGCAACCGAGGGAACGUCGCGCAAACUCCCAUUCCAAGCCCACCACCACUUGGACAGCAAUCACAACAACAGCAAUCUAAUUCUCGUUUUCCUUCAAUCGCUCAAAGCCUCGGUCUCCCUUUCGACCCAUACGACUAUUCACCUUUGCCCGCUCGUAUGCUGGUGACUGGUGCCGCUGCAAACUUCCCCUCCGUUGCGAAUCUCGUUGGUGACGUAUUCAAUGCCCCUGUAUUCAUGCCCAAUACCCAGGUGGACUCGGCACAAGUUGUUCCUCACCGUAAUGCUCCUGCGCCAGGCUUCCCUGGACGCGCAUCUCUUGGAGGAGCAUAUGUAGCCAGGUGGGUUUGGGGAAAAGAGCGUGGGAGCGCAACUGGAACGGGUCGUGGACUUGGUGGAUUUGAAGAAGAGAUUCGUAGGUUACUGGGUAAACGGUGGGUCGCCAGCGGAGGCAUGCAGUUACGGACGAACAUCAACGGCAUAGCUGGUGGCAACGCCAGUAGUGGUGCGAAUAGUGGCACCAGCACACCAUAUGGACAUAGUGGACCGCGUUCUGCGCUAGGCUCGACAGUGUUUGUUGAGGAGGAGGAAGAUGAGAUGGAAGAGAUGGAAAGACUUGGUGCAGGCUUGGGCGCUGGGCUGAAUGCUUCGGUGUUCGCGGGUGGAUUUGCAGACAGAGAUCUCGGGAGAAUGAGGACGGCGACGGGAUCGACGAUGGAUACGAAUAUUAGUGUUGGGUCCGGCGGUGCCCCUUCCACGGCAUUUACGACCCCAGAUAUGAACGCACUUCCGGGAGCAUCGACCCCCGUACAGUCUGGGACUACAACACUGACACCAGUUACUGCUAUGCCUACUGGAGAUGCAGAGGCACAGAUAGGACUUGCGAAGGUGGCGGAACCAGAUGUGGAUGCUUUUAUGACUUAUGCUGCUAUUGUACCGGAAUAUUGCAGACUGGAGGGGAUGUUGUUUAAAUCACUUGUGUAAGUAUCUUCGCAAAUAGGAGAAGUGGUCAGGUGAAGGAGGGGAUAAAAUUACACCAUUUGCUACUCGCUGUAUAUAUAGGAAUCUUGCAAUAGUUACGAACGCUGGCUUGUUUCGUCUCAACGCAAAUAU